CUCCCCUCCCCUCCCCCCGCAAAAUGGGCGGAGAUUUCGUAUCCCCACUGUGAACUGUCUGAGAAAACUUUGGUGUGCGGCUGUGAGAGGAAGAGUGAGUGAGCCGGGAAUACAUUAGCGAGAAAACACGAAAACAUAUUUCCAAUGUCAGUGUGUUUAAAAGUAAAGGAAAAAAUACGGAAUGGCUUGUUGAUUAAAGCAUUUUCUACCAAAUUAAAACACAAAAAAUAUAUGUACACUAUCCAAAGCAAAGGAUUACUUAAAGAAGAAAACUUGUUUAGCCGGCUGCGCUUGCUUUGAUGGGUUAUUUACUUUUGUGACACAGCGGUUUAUAUUGUUUUCCAGCGUUGCUGGCAUUAUGAUGAGUUCCACUGGAUACUUUGCCGGAGUAGAAACGGGCGAGGGGGGACUUGUUUCAAUUUCCUAGCCGAAAACUCGCCAGCUGCACACAGAAAUGAGGAUUUAAUACAGCUUCUAGUGUUUGCUUUCAACGCAGUGCCAGAGAAAGACAAGUAAUCAUACACACCUCUAAUCCAGGCAUCUCUGAACACCAGGCUUAACUUUCAUCCAAGGAACUGCACAAGCAAUCAUGUUGGAAAGGAAAUAUGUUUCUCAUGUUGUCUUAGUUACCUAUUUGGUUUUGGAAUUAUUCAUUCAGAAUGUUAAAGGUCUCAAUAUUUGCAUGAGUGGCAGUGACACCUCCUGUGAAGAGUGCCUUCUCAUCCACCCAGACUGUGCCUGGUGUGCCCAAGAGGAAUUCGGCAGUAGGAGGACAGUCACAUCAAGAUGCGACUACAGGGAAAGCCUAAUGAAGAGGGGCUGUGAGAAGCACUUUAUCCAGAGUCCUAGCAGCAGCAUGGCGGUGCUCAAGAAUAUGCCUUUAAGCUCCAAGGGCUCCGGUCCCACCCAGUACGAUGUUAUUCAGAUAAUGCCUCAGAAGAUUGCUCUCAAUUUGAGACCCGGUGACCAGACCUCUUUUGGGGUGCAGGUGCGGCAGGUGGAGGACUAUCCCGUGGAUCUCUACUACCUGAUGGACCUCUCCCUCUCCAUGAAGGACGACCUGGACACCAUCCGCAACCUGGGCACCAAACUGGCAGAAGAAAUGAAAAAGCUCACCAGCAAUUUCCGUCUGGGCUUUGGCUCGUUCGUGGACAAAAAUAUAUCCCCGUUCUCCUACACAGCGGCAAAAUAUCGGAACAACCCCUGCAACGGAUACAAGCUAUUCCCAAACUGCGUCCCGUCUUUUGGGUUCCGCCACCUCCUCUCCCUGACUGACAAAGUGGACCGGUUCAACGAGGAAGUGCAGAAGCAGAUGGUGUCUCGGAACAGGGACGCGCCUGAGGGGGGGUUCGAUGCCAUCCUGCAGGCCGCGGUGUGCAAGGACAAGAUUGGCUGGAGGAAGGAGGCGUUCCACUUGCUGGUCUUCACCACGGAUGACGUUCCACACCUCGCGCUGGACGGCAGACUGGGCGGAGUGGUCCAGCCGCACGACGGGCAGUGUCACCUGAACGAGAAGAAUGAGUACAGCGGCUCCACAAAGAUGGAUUAUCCAUCACUUGCACUUCUGGGGGAAAAACUGGCAGAAAACAACAUCCAUCUCAUCUUCGCUGUGACAAAAAGGCUAUACGUGAUUUACAAGAACUUUACUGCACUGAUACCAGGGACGACUGUGGAAAUUCUUGACCAGGACUCCAAGAACAUAAUACAGCUGAUCAUCAAUGCCUAUAAUAGUAUUCGUUCUAAAGUGGAGUUGACUGUCUGGGAUCAUCCGGAAGACAUUAAUCUGUCCUUCACAGCCACCUGUCAGGACGGACGGCCACGCCCAGGGCUCAGGAAGUGCGGGGACCUCAAAAUCGGAGACACUGUCUCUUUCAAUGUAUCUGUGAACGCCAGAGGCUGCCCUACUGAGGACACCAGGCACAAGUUCACUAUCAAACCCGUCGGCUUUAAGGAUACUCUGGAGGUCACUGUCAACUACAAGUGUACCUGCGGAUGCACCACGGAGACAGAGAACAACAGCACCAAGUGCAGCAGCACCGGCACCUACCAGUGUGGCAUCUGCAGCUGUGAUCCUGGGUACCUGGGAGCCCAGUGCGAGUGCCAGGAGGGCGAGGACAGCAUGUACCAGACCAUGUGCCGGGAGGCCGAGGGGAAGCAGAUCUGCAGUGGCAGGGGGGAGUGCAGCUGCAGUCAGUGCCUCUGCUAUGAGAGCGAGUUUGGGAAGAUAUACGGGACGUUCUGUGAGUGCGACGACUUCUCCUGCGCCCGGCACAAAGGCAUUCUCUGCUCAGGUCAUGGGGAAUGCCACUGUGGAGAAUGCAAGUGUCACGCCGGCUAUAUCGGAGACAGCUGUAUCUGCUCGACAGAAACAGAUACGUGUCUUUCCAAUGAUGGUCAGAUCUGCAGCGGCCGGGGGAACUGUGUCUGCGGGGAAUGCCAGUGCAGCGAGCCGGGAGCUUUCGGGGACACCUGCGAAAAAUGCCCCACCUGCCCUGACGCCUGUGGCACAAAGAGGGACUGCAUUGAGUGCAGGUUAUUUAACUCAGGAAGGCUUGCCGACAACCAGACCUGUCACAGACUCUGCACGGAUGAGAUCAUCACAGUGGACACACUCAAUACAGAUGACCAGAAUGCAGUUCUGUGCCUGUAUAAAACUGAGAACGAUUGUGUGAUGAAGUUUACGUACUCGGAACACACCAGCGGCCAGUCGGUCCUCGCUGCACUCAAAGAGCCUGAGUGCGGCACUCCUCCGGACGCGCUCACGGUGCUCCUUGCUGUCGUCGGCAGCAUCCUGCUGGUGGGCAUCGUGCUGCUAGCGAUUUGGAAGCUCAUCAUCACUGUCCACGACAGACGGGAAUUUGCCAGGUUCCAGAGUGCCCGUUCCAGGGCCAGAUACGAGAUGGCAUCCAAUCCCCUGUACAAGCAGCCUACCUCUAACCAUGCUGUGGAGACUGUGUUUAACAUGCGGAACAAGUCAUACAAUGGCACGGUCCACUGAUCUGCUGAAGGAAGAAAUCAAGAUGUACCACAGUGAGGACCAGAGUGGUGCAGACAGUGACCCAGAUGCAAUAUUGACUGGAAGAUAUAUUCAUCUGUGAAGAGAAUAAACUAGCAAAACUACAGUCUUUUGAUGUCUAAGGAGUUAGAACAUGAUGGCAUAUUGAAAAUGUCCAGUGGUGCACGUUGUACAGUUGAGGAUGCAAAGCCAAACUGACCAACUUGCUUUUUUUAUUAAUCUGGAGAGGAACAUAUUUAACCCUUUAUUUGCUGUGCCAUAUUAUAGAAUUCUGGUGUAGUCUGGGAUACAAAAAGGGGGUUGCAGGAGUUUCCGCAUGCUUUUGGAAAGGGGGUGGGGGUGGAACAAAGGCUUGUUGGAAGUAUUUUGUAUACAUUUUAGCUGUUUAUUGGACUUGAAAGGAAUGACAUGCAUAAUUCUCUUGUUGCAGUAACUUUCCCAUUCUGCUGCGUAAACUAUGUUAAAUGACUUGUAAACAUUAUUAGCAAUGAUACAGAUUUUGCUACAAACAGCAGGAUGUUGUUUAUAUACAUUAUACAGUAUAUUUUAACUUUGUGAAUGCAUUCCUAUGCAACAGCAACGAGACUAUGCAUUGUUCUAUAAUAGCAAAGAAUUGUAUACCUAUUUUUAUGCAUUGAUAACCCUAAUAUUUUAUAGAAUUAUAUAAAAAAAAAAAAAGUGCUGAUUACAUCAGCGUUUCGGUACUAAUGUAAAGUAUGUUUGUUCGUUUAUGUUUUGCACACAAGAAAUAUUGGCUAAUUGCCAUGUAUAAUUGGCAUUGGUUUUACAUUGCAAUUGGCGUAUGAUUACCUCUGCACUAUGAUGUUGCCUUAUUUCAAUCUGGUAAUUGUCUUGCCAUGUCAUUUUUGUAACUCUGUGAGUGCAAAAGAAAUCUAGGCAACCAGUGUACUCUGAAGGUGAAGGCUGGCGUUUCCUGAUUGUUUUAGUUAAAGAUGUUAGUGGUUUAGUUUCUUAGACUAAAUCUUCCCCCUAUUCCCCUCACUACCCAAGAUAAUAAAAUGCAGUACAUAGCAGA